AUGACCGCGAACAUACUUACAGUUGGUUCCAUUUUCAUUUCACACACACACUUUCUUCUUAUCGUACAUCUUCUAAGUCUAUUAACUUCAAUGGAAGCGGUCAAAGCUGGAAUUGAAAAAGUCAAAGAAGCAGUUGAUAAUAAAAAAGCAGAUGAGAAAUUUGAGAAAGCCAAUGAUCCAAAUGUGAAACCAAGUGAACGAUUGGAUGCUCAGUUUGAAGCGAAUAAAGCAGCAGCAAAAGCUGCUGAACAUCAUAUUAAAGNCGGAGUGAUGAUUUCUCCAAUACGACGAAUUUCACCUUUAUCAUAA